AUGGAGCACGUCGAGCAGCCACCGGCAGAGCAGCCGCCUCGGCUUCGCAUCGGCUUCGCCGCCGAGUUCUAUCACGUCUACCUCACGCCUCUGAUGCGCUCGAAGCGCGGCACGCUCACCCUCGACGGGCUGCCCCGCCUGCCCGCAGAGGACGACGCCUUGGUCCUGCUGGAGCGCUUCCGAGCGGCGCUGUCAAAGCGGCAGCUCGACGGCUCGGGCCGAGCGACCCAGCGAGCCACGCUGUCGCUGCUCUGGCCGCGCUUCCAGCUCUCCAUCAGCCUUUGGAUGCUGGUCGGCCUCGCAACUGACGGCGCCCAGCCCUUCCUCAUCGCGACUCUGGUUCGCGAGCUCCGCACCGGCACCGGCUCCGUCGGGACGCGGCUCGGCAUCGUCGCGGCCAUCGGCGCGCUCUGCCUCGUCAACACGGCGUCGCUGCAGCAGGUCCUCUGGUUUGGCUCGCGGUGCGGCAUGCGCGCAAAGGUUGGGCUCUCUGCGGCCGUCUACCACAAGAUGAUGCGGCUCGAGCUCGGCUCGGUCGCCUCGUGGUCGUCGUCCGCCGUCUCGAACCUGGUCGCGAUCGACCUCGCGCGGCUCGAGCUCUCGGCGAU